AUGUCGAAGAUGAAACACUUGCUACGGAAGUUUCACAUCUGCGAUCAUCAUAGGCCGCCCGCACUCGAUUCCUCCCUUCAGACGAUGUCGUUUCAACCAUCACCUGCGUCGACCUCGUCAUCAUCACCAACUGAUUUGCCUCAGACGACGUCGGAUUUGGAAAACGAAAAUUUCAAUAGCUUUAAUUUUUUUGAGGAGGAGUUCCAGGUGGAGUUGGCCUUGGCAAUCAGCGUUUCGGAUCAGGGUCGAAAUGAUGGUAACCAGGAAACCGCACAGAUAAAUGCCGCCAAGCAGAUUAGCCUCGGCUGCUCGCCCUCGCAGAGCCUCUCUGAAUUUUUGUCUCUCCGCUAUUGGAGCUGUAGUGUUGUAAAUUAUGAUGAGAAAGUGAUCAAUGGAUUCUAUGAUGUUUCUGGAAAUAACUCAAGUUUGGUCGUCCAAGAACAAUUGCCAUCGCUACUUGAUCUUGAAGUAAUGUCUGUUUCGGAUAAUGUUGGUUAUGAAGCUGUUUUGGUCAACCGUGUAGUUGAUAUGGAACUACAGCUGCUUGAGGAUAAAGUGUGCUUCAUGGCUAUGGAAUGCCAUGCUUUUUAUGCUGGCCUAAAAACAAGUUUUCUUGUUCAAAAGAUUGCAAACCUUGUCGUUGACAGAAUGGGGGGUCCUGUUAGUGACGCAGAAGAUAUGUCUGGGAGGUGGAAAACAAGAAAACAUCUUGUUAAAGGCCAGACUGAUGAAGUGAUCCAAAAUAAUGGCAUUGCAGUUGAUGGUGGCCUUGUGAAGAUAUCUGGAGAUAAAGAUGAAUCUUCAUUGGAAGUGAUGGAAGUAGCUUGCAGUGACCAGUCUAAUGCUAGCAAGGUGCACAACUUGCCUAAUGACCCUGUGUUGAAUGGGGUUUCCGGAAUUUUGUGGGAAGAUCUUCAGAUUGGUGAACGUAUUGGUAUAGGAUCAUAUGGUGAAGUCUACCGAGCAGAGUGGAAUGGCACGGAAGUUGCUGUCAAAAAAUUAAUGAAACAAGACAUCACAGGCAAUGCACUCGCACAAUUUAAAUGCGAGGUUGAUAUCAUGUUGAGGUUGAGGCAUCCAAAUGUUGUUCUUUUCAUGGGAGCUGUAACAACUCCCCCGAAUCUGUCCAUAUUGACCGAGUUUCUGCCAAGGGGUAGUUUGUAUAAGCUGCUGCACCGUCCAAAUAUCCAAAUUGAUGAAAAAAGGCGGAUAAGAAUGGCUCUUGAUGUGGCCAAGGGAAUGAAUUACUUACACACGAGCCAACCUAUCAUUGUGCAUCGUGAUUUGAAGACUCCAAACCUCCUUGUUGAUAAGAACUGGGUUGUUAAGGUUUGUGAUUUUGGGAUGUCACGAUUGCAGCACCAUACUUUUCUAUCUUCGAAGUCAGCUGCUGGAACGGCAGAGUGGAUGGCACCAGAGGUUCUAAGAAAUGAACCCUCCAAUGAGAAAUCUGAUGUAUAUAGCUUUGGAGUAAUAUUAUGGGAGUUGGCAACUCUACGAGUUCCAUGGACAGGAAUGAAUUCGAUGCAGGUUGUUGGAGCUGUUGGAUUCCAGGGUAGAUGCCUUGAUAUUCCGCUGACACUUGAUCCAUUGGUUGCGGAGAUAAUAAGUGACUGUUGGAAAAGAAAUCCACAGGCACGCCCUUCUUUUGGCCAGAUUAUCACCCGCCUCAAGUGUCUUCAGUGUCUAAAUGUGCAGGAAAUAAACUCGUGUAAAUCCCCAGUGGCGUUGUAA